UAAAGUAUACAAUUUAGCGUGGGUAGUAUUUGUUGAGGCUUUCAUUUUCAUGAGUCUCAUGUGGGCUUUUCCCUUGACAGCGAAAAUGGCGGGUAACCCAUGAACACUGUUGAACCAGCAUCUCCAUUCCUUGCUAUACCGAACCAGACUGCUGCUGAGAGGAUAUGAUCUAGCAAUUGGGAUUCAAAACCCCGAGUGAAAUCAUGGACAACAGGACAUGGCUUUGGAGGAAAAGAUCAUCAGAGAAGAUUAUUAUUGCAACUACUACAUCAAAUUCCUCCUCAAAAGGAAAUGAAGAAGAGAUGCUUCCAACUGAGAAAGAAGUCAAUUUGGAAAGAGCACUGGGGAAUUUAAAUGAGAAUUUAGCGUCCGUUCUCUGCGAGCUUAAUGCUAAAGAUGAGCUUUUGGCACAGCAUGCAAAAAUGGCGGAAGAAGCCAACACAGACCGUGAGAAGACAGAGGCAGAGGCAGUGGCUCUAAAACAAGAACUUGACAAAGCUUUAGAACAGAAAACAGAUUCAAAUGAAAGGUUGACUCAGCUAAAUGCUGCCUUGAAGGAAUCCAUGCAGCAAUUGACUUCUGUACGAGAAGAACAGGACCAAAGGAUACGGGACGCUGUUAUGAAGACAUCAAGAGAAUUGGAGAAGGCGCAGAAAAAGUUAGAGGAGAAAUUAACCGAAAAAAGUAAAAGGCUUUCAAACUUAACUGUUGAGAACACCCGUAUGAGUAAGACUCUCCUAGUGAAUCAGAAACUGAUUGAAGAUCUAAGUGAACACAAGUACCAAGCGGAAGCAGAGUUCAAUGCACUAAUGGCCAGACUAGACUCAGUGGAAAAAGAAAAUGCUUUUCUAAAGUAUGAGUUUCGCAUGCUUGAGAAGGAGCUUGAGAUGCGAAAUGAGGAGAGUGACUUUAACCGUCAAUCUGCUGAUGUAUCCCAUAAGCAAUACAUGGACAGUUUAAAGAAGAACGCGAAGUUGGAAACUGAAUGUCAGAGAUUACGAAUCCUUGUGAGGAAGCGAUUUCCGGGUCCUGCUGCUUUGACAAAGAUGAAGAGUGAGGUUGAAGUUGUGCAAAGGAAUCAGCCAGAUAUGAGAAGGAGAAAGCCGAAUCUUACAAUGGGAAGCCUUGUUUCGAGGGACUCCAGUUCUAGUCUACAAAACCCUAAUGACAUACCAAAUAAGAUUAGUUUCUUGAUCGACCACCUGUGUGAUUUGGAAGAAGAAAACAAGACACUCAAAGAAGUUAUAGCCAAGAAAGAUGAUGAUCUUCAUUUUUCAGAAAUCGUCUGUAAUCAAACGGCUUCCAAAUUAUCAAAGAUUGAAGCACAGCUUGAAAAGCUGUCAAAAGGUCAGAAACCUAUGGAGAUCACCAAUUCCGAGUCAUGGGCUACUGCUUUAAUUUCAGAACUUGAAAACUUCAGAGAUCGGAGUCCCAAAACUCCACAAGAAUGCAAAAGUUUUGGAGUUUCAGACAUGAGUUUAAUGGAUGACUUUGCUGAAAUGGAGAAACUAGCAAUAGUCACUGUUGGAACUCCACUGGGGUCUUCUUGUGCUUCUUCCGAUGCAAAUAAUGCUUUAGCGCUUUCGUUGGAGAAUUCGGUUGGAUAUGAUGUAGAUUCUAGAGGUAAGGAACUAGUGCCAGUGGAACAAGGUCAAUCCAAUUACAAUGAACGGGAAAUCCAAACAAAUGGUGUAUCAAGUCAAGAAGGCUAUGAUUGGCUUCAGAAUGUUCUGAACUUGAUAUUAGAUCAAACCCGUUUAUCAAAAAGAAGUUCCGAUGAUCUUCUUGAGGAUAUUAAAACGGCUUUGACUUAUAUGAAGCAUUCUUGUGCUAGUGAAGAAAGUUCGAAGGUCCCCAUCAGUGGCUAUAUCACUUGGAAAUCUCCGACUGUAUGCCCAAUCGUGGGUUUACCCAAUGGAGUUACUCAAGAUGUUUCAAGUGUGAGAGAGGAAAUCAGGCGUUUGAGUUCCAGUAAAUCUCCAAGUGCAAGUGAGCUUGAAGGUAGGGUAGAUGGCCCAUUUUCAGAAUCCAAUGGCCAAAAAGUUAGAUCUGAAAUCAAUUUGAGGAAAGAGUAUGGACUAAAAGAUGAGUUCAAGAAUAUGGAGUCUUUGCAGAAAGAGUACGAAGCAAGGCUAAGUUUAGAAAAUGAGAAGAGAGAGGCCUUGAUGAAUCAACUUCAGGAAUCAGAGCGAAAUCUUAAAGACUUGAAGACAGAACUAAUUUUUUUGAAAGAAUCAAAAGGAAUAAUGGUGGAUCAGCUCGAACACCAAAAGCUAAUAAAUGAGGAACUUGAUACCCAACUGACUGUAGCGAAAGCUAAACUAAAUGAGGUUGUUCAGAAGUUUUCGUCUCUUGAAGUAGAACUGGACGAUAAAAGUCACUGUUGCGAAGAGCUGGAAACAACGUGCCUUGAGCUUCAACUCCAGCUGGAAAGUGUUAACAACAACGAAGUUCCAAAAGACAGCGUGGACCAGGAGGAAAGGCUACUUCAAACUGGGUGGGAGAUCACAACUGCUUCGGCAAAGUUAGCAGAGUGCCAAGAAACAAUUUUAAGUCUGGGGAAACAGUUAAAGGCUCUCUCUUUGCCAAGGGAUUCUACCAACACUACUGCUGCAGCUGCCAUCAACAAGACGUUGAGCCAGCGUCCAUCCCUCCGUGAUCAAAUGCUAGCCGAGGACGGUGCUAAAGCAAAGGAUCCAAAUUACCCGGAGACACAAGAAAUUCUGAGCCCCAUAGAAGCAAAGAAACCAUCCCCUUUGCCCUCUGACAAUGCCUUAUUUCUGGCAAUUGUUCCGAGUAAGAAAAAGGGAGGAGGGAUGGGUUUCCUGAGGAAACUUCUACUCAGACGGAAGAGAGGGAAUAGUAAAAAGACAUCUCGAUCCUUUACCGUGUAACAAAUGCACAGUGGAAACAAUAAAACAAAACCAGCAGCAUGCAAGACUUGUUUGUCCAUGUUUUUAGUUUUUUCACUCACGCUGCCUUUGGAUGGAAACAAGUAGCGUAAGUUUCUUCAGGUUAUUAUGUGUGUGUGUGUGUGUGUGUGAGAGAGAGAGAGAGAGAGAGAGAGAGAUGUAUGCUGGUGAUGCCGUGUAUAUACCUCCAUGCCAUGCUACUGAUGUAUAAAUAUGUAUGUGUCGAGCACUUUGACGCCGAUUAUAUACCUCCAUGCCAUGCUACUGAUCUA